UAUAUUUAUUAUAUUAUAGUAGUAUUAUAGUACGAUAAUAAUUUAUUGUUAUUCCAAUAAUUACCAAUUGCAAUCGUUUAUUCCUCUAUAUUUCGAUGAUUAUUUGUCGUAACUCGUCAAAUGUGUUAAGAUAGUAAAAUGUGAGGACAUUAUUAUUUAUUUUGUUUUUGCAAGUCACACUCACAAUUCGCCAAGACACCAAAUUAAAUGAUGUCAAAACACUGGAUGGCAGAAUAAUUUCUUCUUAUUUGACAUUGUGUUGACAAAAAACAACAAUUAAUACUUACUAUAUACACAGUAUAGUUGUUAAAGUUUAAUGUUAAUGUUUUUUAGAUUUUUUAUCAAAAGAACUGUUAUUAUGGAUGCAUAUGAUAAAUUAGAAAAAAUUGGUGAAGGAACUUAUGGAGUUGUGUACAAGUGUAUGGAACGUUCUUCAAAAAAAAUUGUUGCAGUUAAGAAAAUACGUAUGGAAAUGGAAGAUGAAGGUAUACCGUCUACUGCCAUCAGAGAAAUAAGUAUAUUGAAAGAACUUAACCAUCCAAAUAUCGUGAAUUUAAGGGAAAUUCUUAUGGAUGACAUACGGUUAUAUUUAGUUUUUGAAUUUGUUCCCAUGGACUUAAAAAAAUUCAUAGACUCAAGACCAAAAAAACACUUGGACGAAGUUCUUACUAAAUCUUUUACUUAUCAAUUAUUAGUGGCUUUAUAUUAUUGUCAUGUAAGGCGGAUAUUGCAUAGAGACUUAAAACCGCAAAAUAUAUUAAUUGAUGUAAAAAAUAGUAUAUUAAAAGUUGCGGAUUUUGGUUUGGGCCGUACUUUUGGUUUGCCAAUUCGAGUCUACACACAUGAAGUAGUAACAUUGUGGUACCGAGCUCCUGAAGUGUUGUUAAACACUCAACGCUAUGGUUGCCCAAUUGAUAUGUGGUCUGUAGCAUGUAUAUUUGCAGAAAUGGCUUGUGGAAAACCUUUGUUUCAAGGAGAUUCAGAAAUCGAUCAACUUUUUCAUAUUUUUAGGGUUUUAACUACACCAAAUGAAAAAACAUGGCCUGGUGUUUCAGAAUUAAAGGACUACAAACCUUCAUUCCCAACAUGGAGCGAAAAUAUAUUAGAGAGAUCUGUCAAGAACAUAAACCAUGUGGGGUUAAACCUACUUCAAAAAAUGUUGAUCUAUGAUCCGAGUGAACGCAUCAAUGCCAGAGAUGCACUACAACACCCUUAUUUCAAGGAUUUAAAUAAAAAUACGCUUCCAGCACAUCCUGAAAUUAAAUUUUGAAUAAUACACAAUAUUAAAUUAAUUUUUAUAUUUACAUAUAUCUUUUAAAGGACAAAUAGAAUAAUAAGUAUAGAAUGUUUAUUCAUGUA